GGGGGGGGGGAGCGGGGAGAGAACAUUGCAGUGGCAUUUUAUGGAUUUAUUUAAAGCUAGAGUUUAGCAUUGGGACCUAUUACGGUUUGGAUAUACAAUCUCAAAUACAUUUUAAGAAUUAGCGUGUUUCUAAUUGUGUACAAAAAGGAAAAACAGCCAAGUGCCAGUACUGUGGAUUCGUCGUGUCAUUAGUUUUGACCGUGUUUUUAAUUCAGUUGUUAGUAACAGGCUUCCCCAACCCCCCAGGCUUCUUUGGAGAAUGUGCAGAGUGCUUUUUCCUCCUGUAAACGUUCAGAAUUAGGUUCACCCAGUGGACAAAAUUUCACCCGAAGAAGUUUACUGUUUGUGUUUGGUGUUUUUAUUUUACUUCUUAUAUAGCUGUGAAAAACAAAACAUUGUAGCCCUUGGGAGCAGAAGCAGCACUCUGCAUGGAUUCGGACACCCUGUCGUCCUUAAAAAAGGUGUGUUCUGUGAAUGAGCCUCUUAGGUACUGGAGGAAAGAGAAAAAUGUUUAUGCCCUAUACAGGAAGAUAUUCUCAGAUAUACAGAACCUGAGGUUCCAGGAUAGUUUCUACAGAAAUGUUGGCCAUCAAAGAACUUGUGGGGAUUUUAAAAAAUGGCUUUUGUUCGAUUGUUCCCCUGCUGUUUCUUAGGAUCUACAGCUCUCCUGCCUGGUGAAGGUGGUGUUUACUAAGAUGUCAUCCUCAUAGGAAGAGCCAAGGCUGAGAAAUGUCAUUACAAUCAGAAUUGCUGCCACGAUGGGAAUUGUAUCUCUACCUGGUUCUUUCUUUUGGCUUCCAUUUUUAUUCUUUCUAUGAAGUAUUCCUAGUCUCUCGAGAAUAUGAAGAGGAACUUGACCGAGCAUUUGAUCUGGAAACUGAUUCAAUGUUUGGAGGAUUUAAAAAGGAUCCCAUGGACUUUGAAUGGACCUUUUGGAUGGAGUGGGGCAGAAGAUAUAUACUCUGGUUUCUUUUUUGUCAUUUAAUAAUAUCACAAUUGUCCAGCCUUUACAUGGAAAAGCUCAAGCCCUGGGUUUUGAUGGCCUAUGGAAUGGUAGCCUGUUGGUUUCUGUUGGGCACCAAUGGUCUGAUAAUGAUUUUGCUCUAUGCGAGUGUUUCAUAUUUUGUGGCUCAGUUUAAAAACCCAGUUCUGACAUGGCUGACCUCCUUGCUUCUGUUGUUGACUUUACGCAUACCUGCCUUGGAAGACAUAAAGAGGGGCUGGUACACCAGUGAAAACGAGUACUACUUGCUCCUUUUUACUUUGACAGUCCGCUGUCUCUACUACACAAGCUUCAGCCUAGAGUAUUGCUGGGCUAAAGAGAAGAUACGUCAUUCGUUCCUCUGGAUGUUGAUGUAUGUGUUCUAUUAUCCUGUGCUUCACAAUGGACCCAUUAUCACCUUUGAUGAUUUUCAUAAACAGAUGACUAGUCAAGAAUCUGGUGGUUUGAAGUCUAAUCUUGGCACUUUUAUCAGAGACACCCUUCAUAUUUUGUUUUGGUGGUGGCUGGCAGAGCUAAUGAUCCAUUUGAUGUAUAUGCAUGCAAUUUAUAGUAGUCCUUCACAUCUGGAAGCAGUAAGCUACUGGACCUUAGGUGGCCUAGCGCUGGCUCAAGUCUUGUUUUUUUAUGUAAAAUACCUUGUUCUCUUUGGUGUUCCUGCCCUCAUUGUUCGAAUGGAUGGUCUCAAGCCUCCUGCCUUACCUCGCUGUGUAAGCACCAUGUACAGUUUUUCUGGAAUGUGGAGAAGUUUUGAUGUUGGGCUGCAUAAGUUUCUUAUCAGGUAUAUUUACAUCCCAAUGGGAGGAUCUCACUGCAGCAUGCUUAAGAUGUUGCUUUCCUCAGCAAUCACAUUUGCUUUUGUAAGCUUUUGGCAUGGUAGCCAUAGCUAUCUUUGGUCCUGGGCUGUGCUUAAUUGGCUUGGAAUAAUUGCUGAAAAUGGAGUGAAGAAGCUGAUUUCUCUUCCAGUUGUUCAUAACUUUAUUAACCAUGUUUUGUCAGCAAGAGGUUAUCGACGGCUCCAUGCAGCUCUGGCAUCCGUUUCAACUAUGCUGCUGAUUUUUUCCAACCUAAUCUUUCUUGGGGGAAUCCAAGUUGGAACAAUCUACUGGAAUAGGAUCUUCAGGGAAGGCUGGCCAUGGGCAACACUCUAUGUUUUUGGAUUCCUCUAUUGCUAUGCUCAUGUUGGGAUCAAAUGGCAACAGAUAUAUUCCAAGGAAAAGCAGUUGUCUAAAGAGAUGACAUCUAAACCUUAAAAACUGAACCAAACUGUGCAAUAUCCAUCUUUCCUUCAGUAUGCUACAUUCCAGUACUUCACAUGCAGGACGCAGUUUGUUAUACAUGAAAAUAUAUGGCUUCACAAAUAUGUAUUCACAAACAUUAAUUUAAAUGUAUUCAGUGAUGCACAACAUUUUCAAAUGUGUCUUUCUUUUAGGAUACCCCAGGUAUUUGAAGCUAUUUACCUAGUACAGGUAUGUUCAGCAAUAGGAUAUAAUCAUGCCAAAUUAAGUAUUUUAAGUCACAUGAAUUAAAAAUCACAACUGCAGUGUGCAAGGGCCAGUGCUGCACCUCUAUUCUAGAAAAGUUCCAGGACUAAUCAUAUGGAAGUGGAUAUUACAGCCUUGUCUACACACAUUUCCUUCUCAUUUUUUGUUGUUAUGGAUCUUCUUUUUAAAAUGUUUGCUGUUUUCUUUUGUUGAGUAUAUAGAGGCCUGACUGCAUGGGAGCAUGAGAGUGUAUGUAAACAGCAUAACAAGGAGAUCCAGUUUUAAUUGGGAGUAAUUUUUAAAUAGAAAAAGAUGAAAAAUGUAAACAUCAUGUUGGAAGGGAGUGAAGGAAAAAGAUGGUAGAACUGAAGAAUGAUGAUUAAUGGGGUGCUGUAUGGUUUCUGGGCUGUAUGGCCAUGUUCUAGCAGCAUUCUCUCCUGACGUUUUGCCUGCAUCUGAGGCUGGCAUCUUCAGAGGAUCUGAUAGUAGGAAAGCAAGUGGAGUAUAUAUACCUGUUGGAGUAUCCAGGGUGCGGGAAAGAACCAUGGUUUGUUAACAAGAAAAUACUGCAAUUAGCAAUCUAGAUUUACAUCCUUUACUUGUUAACAGACAAUGGCUCUUUCCCCCACCCUGGAUACUACAACAGGUAUAUAUACUCCACAUUUUCCUACUACCAGAUCCUCUGAAGAUGCCAGCCACAGAUGCAGGCGAAACAUCAGGAGAGAAUGCUACUAGAACACAGCCAUACAGCCUGGAAACCGCACAGCACCCCAGUGAUUCCGGCUGUGAAAGCCUUUGACAACACAACGAUGAUUAAUACUAAUGUGAUUUCAAAUGAAUUGUUCUUCAUUGAUAUGUUUUAUCAAAAUUAAAAUAUAAAUUUAAAAGUUU